GUGAAAAAAUUGAACGUUUCAUUGAUGACAAUAAGGCGCUGAUGCGACGAAUGUAUGGUGAUUUUGAAAUGAACAUGGACGAUGGUGGCCCACGGCAACAGACGAAAAAGCGUAGGAGGCGUUUUAUUGAUGAACCCGAUAUUUUCUUACCGCCUGGUGCAUAUCCUUCAUUUGUACCGGAUGAUGAGGUUGAACCACAUGAUGAGGAACAUGGUGAAAGUUAUUUUGGCAAACUGCGUAAUAAACGUCAAGCUGAGAAUCAGGGAAAUCGUAACAAUAAUCAGGGUAAUCGAAAUGCCAAGCAGACGGGACCGAGAAGUGGUCAACAGGCUUCGCCGACAGGAAGAUUGGAUGCCUGUGAAUCGAAAGUGGAAAUUGUCACACCCUAUUGGGCCUCAAAUUCUGCUGGCAAAAUUAGGGCCAUAGUAAAUACGCAGCAUUUUGAGCAAGCCAUACAUCAAGAAAUAUGCUCAAAAGCCCAAACACCCCGUUGCAUUGGUGAAUGUGGCUGUGAGCAAAAAUACAAAUGGCAUCGUCUGCUGGCCUAUGAUCCGGAUAAUGAUUGUAAGGGAAUCUUUAUGGAUUGGUUCCUGUUCCCAUCAUGCUGUGUAUGCCGAUGUAAUCCUUAAGGUGAAC